UUAAAGAGGCUAUCGACAAUAGAUAAAAGUGUGAUGACGUUCUGCAACGCGGAGAAAAACAACAGGAUGCGUGUGUGCAUAUGACAAAAAUAGACUGAAGAGAGAUUUGCCUGUACUUGUACACAUACUCUAAUCUCGAUGCAGGUCUCGGACGAAAUGUUGACGCAGGCAAAUCAAGACAACAGUCUUUGCCGCGUCUGUCUAACUGUGGAUUACAACAACCAAUACAUCUUCCGCAAGAAUUGGAAUGAUUCAGAUAAUACGAGUACCCCUGAGUUGUCAGAGAAACUGCAGUUAUGUGGAGGAAUAGAGGUGUUGGAGGAGGAUGGUUUGCCUACUAGCAUAUGCAUCAAGUGUGUGAUGAAAAUUAAUGUUGCUUAUGAAUUAAGGGAACAGUGUCAAAGAGCGGACACUGAACUUAGGAGGCUUUAUGGGAAAACGUUGGCAACUUUGAAGAAAAAUGUUGGCAAUUAUAUUUACACAAAAGAUCAGUACUGUCAAACUGAGCAGUUUUGCACCUUGGAUAUAAUCAAAUCAGAAGAUAAUAUAGAGUUAACUGUGGAUAAUGAAAUUAAUACAGAGAAGAAUAUCCUUGCAACAGAAUCAAAGAGCAUCAAGGGAUGUAAACUUUCGGAUACUUUCAAUCAAAUGAGACACACAGAAGACACUCUAAUAGACAAUGAACCAGAUUUAGACUGUGUUAAUAAAUCUAAACAAGUAGAACGUGAGAAAGUAAUUAAAAAAGAAGCUUAUAGAACGAGAAGACUAGCUAUGUUUAAAAGAGUAACAUCUAUAGAAACUUUGAAGAGUCAUAAAGAAAGGCAAAGAAGAUAUAUCAAGAAGAAUGCGAGCAUCAAACGCGAUACGAGUGACAGUGAAUAUCAAACAAAAGUGAGAAAUAUUCAUAGAGCGGAAGAAACUUCUGAACUCGCAUUACAACAUAUAACACUCGCAUGUCCAAAAUGUGAUAAAUUUUAUUUCAGUAAAAAAUCUUUAGAUAGACACAUGUUGACUCAUAAUCAUAAAGAGUUUAAAUGCGACAACUGUGAUAAGCAAUUCCUUUGUUUGGACAAGUUACUUAAGCACGUUAAUCUGCAUAAAACGAAGGAGAAGCCGAAGCCGGUGUUGUGCAAAAUCUGUAACAAAAGUUUUAGAAAAACCGAUACUAUGGUUAGACACUUGAAUGUUCAUAAGAAAGCAAAUCCUAAAGAAGUUUUCUCUAUACUGAAAGAGAUACGUGACAAGAGAAGAUUAGAAAACAACCAGGAGUCUUGUGAGAUAAAUAAAGAUGAAGAAACGAUGUAUGACGAAAAAUCGCAUGGAGAAAACGACGGUAUGACGAGAGAACUGAGAAAACGUAAUGCAAAAGUGGAACAAAGGGAUUCAGAUUUGGCAAAUAGCGAUUCCAGCAGUGACAAAUUUGAGCCAUUCGAUGACACAACGCUUUUUCACUGCAAACAUUGCAGCAAACGUUAUUCUACCGAAAGAUCUCUUCAGCGUCAUUUGUUAGUACACGAUGAAAAGAAAUUCGUCUGUCACGUCUGCAACAUGAAAUUUUUCCGACAGGACAGGCUUAAGAGUCACAUGGAUCGGUACGGUCACGAUGAGACUAAGAUGUGUACGGAGCCGCAGAAACCGCCCGAUGACAAAUCCGCUAUCAAAUUAAUAAACAGCUGGAUAAGGGAAGAAUUGGAUUCUGAUAACGAAGGCAAAGGCUUCCCUUGUACAAUCUGCGGAAAAUCGUACGCCACAAAGAAGUCCCUAUUGAAGCACCAAGUGAAUAUGCAUGGCGGACAGGACGAGUAUUGUGCAAGUUGCGGUAGCGAGUGUACCUGCGCGGACAAAUACAAAAAUCAAGAGAAGAGCAACGAAAAGUCAAAGCCAUACACAUGCGAGGAAUGUAACAAGUCCUUUGAGAAGGAAAUCAAAUUACAGCGACACGUGCGCAUUCAUGAGCGUGCUAAGGAACAGCAGGAUGCGAACUUCAAGCGUUUCCUCUGCCACAUAUGCAGCAAAACGUUCCGGCAGAACACCGGCCUUAUGUUUCACAUGAGAACGCAUACGGGUUACAAACCACACGUUUGCAAGUACUGCGGUCGCGGUUUCACAUCCAAUUCGAACUGCAUCAAUCACGAGAGAACGCACACUGGCGAUCGGCCGUUCGUCUGUCAGUACUGCAGUGCAUCGUUCGCCAAGUCAUGCACCCUUAAAGCACACAUCACCACGCAUACUGGCGAGGCGAAUUACCAUUGUAAGACCUGCGGCAAGUCAUUCCGGCGGCUCAAGUAUCUCAAGGAGCACCGAUUCACACAUACAGGCGAGAAACCAUACGCUUGCAAGAUCUGCGGCACUGCGUACAGUCACUCCGGCAGUCUGUUCGUACACGAGAAAAAAUGUAAGGCGCAAUACAGCAAUUAUCAGACGGGACCAGCGCAAAAUCUACAGCAGACUCCCUAUCAAUCUCCGCAGACCACCGGCGGAAUUUCCACGACACCGUCUUCCUCGGUUAUCACUCCUAUCAUCACCACACUGCCUCAGGGUCAUCUGAACGUCAUUAACAGCGCUCUGAAUACGCAGACGAACAAGGAAUACAUAGACAACAUCCAACGAAUGAAUGCACAUGCAACGGCCACGGCCGUUUCAUCGGGUCUACAUUCAAACACCGAUAUACAUCAUAAUCCCGAAAUGAGUUCCGUCCGGAACUUCGCCAUCAUCGGACAAAUGUUUCACACAUAGGAAAACGUAAACACGAAUCAAGACUCUACUGUGAUAAAUAUUUCAUUUUUAAUGAUACUUGCGAAAAGUAGACAUAUUUUAUACUUUGAAUAUAAUCGCGUAUCGCUUUUUUUCUUCUUUUAAACAGUAGUAAAUAUACGUUCUGUAUUGCAUGUCAUAAAAUGGGAAAAUGGGUAUGGAUGUAUAUUUCUAUUGGAAUGUAUAUUUUUAUUUGAUGAUUAUUAGAAAUUUUUUAUCAUAUACUUUUAUGGCAGAAGUUUUAUUAAUAUUUUAUUAAUAUUAUGUCCAAGUUAAACAGAAUCAUUUAAGAGCACUUAAUGUUAUAUUUUACAGUUUACUUAUCAAAUUUUUAUCAUUGUACAUACAAUCUGUAAUCAUUAUGCUAAUAGUUUGUUUAUCGAAUUAAUAAAAUAAGACUCUGUGAG